UGUUCAAAAACCAAUGACGUCACCAGACGCACCGUCAUUUUGUUUUUCUUGGAGAAAACCUAAACAUGUAGAAUCUAGAUCUAGGCUCUUUAGGGUUUAACAAUUUGUGGGCCAAAACUUGCUCAGGCUGUUCUAUGAUGUAGAUCUAGACUAAAAUGUUAAUGAGUGUAUUUUUCUUCAUGGGGGCCCUGAAUCUCGCUGGGUGUGCUGUGGACACGUCGUUUGGGAACAGUACCUGGCCACUUCCGGUCUUCCAGCCAUCGCACAGAGCCCACAGGGUCCGCAGAUAUUCACCCAAAGAAAGCAAUUAUUUUAACGAGGAGGAGAAAGCAACCAUACUGAAACGUCACAACGACCUGCGGAAAACUCGUGGAUCCAGCAAUAUGAUCAAAUUGGAAUGGAGUGAUGAAGUUGCGCACAGUGCAUUCAAGCAUGCUGAAAAUUGUGAUUUUCAGCACAGUUCUAACGAAAUGCGUUCAAAUGUAGCGGGUUAUAAAAGAGUUGGUGAAAAUCUGCAUGUUCGCAAUGAAGACUCUAUCGAAGACAUCGGUAUUGUCAUUGACGCGUUCAACGCUGAAGAACCUGAUUGGGAUUUCGAUUCGAUGAGAUGUCUAGGAGCCAUGUGUGGACAUUACACUCAGGUUGUUUGGCCAAAGACAGAGGUUGUCGGAUGUGCGGCGAAGUGGUGUGAAAACACGCUACGUUCAGUUCCUGACUAUACUUCAGGCAGUUUGUAUGUUUGCCAGUAUGGACCCAUGGGAAACAUAAAUUUGCAAACAACCCCAAUUUAUAAAAAGGGGCCGGCGUGUUCAGAGUGUCCGGAGAAUUUCCCUCACUGUAAUGAUCAAAUGUGUAGUAAAGUCGCAGGUCCAUCUGGAGCCAUCAGAGUCUCACAUUCUACAGCCCUGGUUCUGGGCGUGUUGUUGGGUCGCUUCCUUCUAUAGAAAUGCUUGAAACCGACGGACCCAUCGUUGGAGCGGGGGAAAAUCAGCAACACCUAGUCGUCUUGUUGAGUUCCGAUUCUUUUGUUACAUGAACUUUAAACAAAAUUUAUUAAACUUAUGUUUCUUUAAAAUAGUAUGGAUUUUACAAACAAUAUAGGUUCGAAUAAGCUUUUCGGCCAUUGUACUGUCUAUUAAAUUAUGUGAAUAUUUUAGCGUGUUGUGUUAGAUCUAUGUCAUGAUUUAAAAUCAGCAACACCUAGUCGUCUUGUUGAGUUCCGAUUCUUUUGUUAAAUGAACUUUAAAAAAAAAAAUUAUUAAACUUAUGUUUCUUUAAAAUAGUAUGGAUUUUACAAACAAUAUAGGUUCGAAUAAGCUUUUCGGCCAUUGUACUGUCUAUUAAAUUAUGUGAAUAUUUUAGCGUGUUGUGUUAGAUCUAUGUCAUGAUUUAAAAUCAGCAACACCUAGUCGUCUUGUUGAGUUCCGAUUCUUUUGUUACAUGAACUUUAAAAAAAAAUUAUUAAACUUAUGUUUCUUUAAAAUAGUAUGGAUUUUACAAACAAUAUAGGUUCGAAUAAGCUUUUCGGCCAUUGUACUGUCUAUUAAAUUAUGUGAAUAUUUUAGCGUGUUGUGUUAGAUCUAUGUCAUGAUUUAAAAUCAGCAACACCUAGUCGUCUUGUUGAGUUCCGAUUCUUUUGUUAAAUGAACUUUAAAAAAAAAAAUUAUUAAACUUAUGUUUCUUUAAAAUAGUAUGGAUUUUACAAACAAUAUAGGUUCGAAUAAGCUUUUCGGCCAUUGUACUGUCUAUUAAAUUAUGUGAAUAUUUUAGCGUGUUGUGUUAGAUCUAUGUCAUGAUUUAAAAUCAGCAACACCUAGUCGUCUUGUUGAGUUCCGAUUCUUUUGUUAAAUGAACUUUAAAAAAAAAAUUAUUAAACUUAUGUUUCUUUAAAAUAGUAUGGAUUUUACAAACAAUAUAGGUUCGAAUAAGCUUUUCGGCCAUUGUACUGUCUAUUAAAUUAUGUGAAUAUUUUAGCGUGUUGUGUU